CGUUUCUAUGACGUAUUUUAAAGCGACCGAUGGUAUCUAUCCAUGAGUAUUUGCCAUGUUUGUGUAAAUAUUAUUUCUUCUACGUAAGAUCAUGCCAUGUUAUUGGUGAGAAGUUAUAGUUUGUAGGUAAGAGCUAAGGUUACUUUCACUUGCUAUUUAAAUAUAUGAGAAUAUUUUCACGGAUAUGUAGCAAGCUAGGCACUUGGUUGCAAGUUUACUAGUGAAGCUAGGGUGACGAAGCUACAGAGCACAUAGUGGCGAUAAUGACUGCUCCGAAUUCUAAUCAGAGGCGAGCGUGCUGGGCUGCAAGGGACGUGUUCUGGAAGUGCCUGGAUGACAGUCAAGACGACGCGACUGCGUGCGAGAAAUUCCGCACAGAUUUUGAGGCAAACUGUCCUGCUCAGUGGGUGAAAUACUUUGUCAAAAGAAGAGACUUCUUAAAGUACAAGGAGAAGAUUGAGACCAAGGGAUACGAGUCUUCUGAACAGUCAUCGAAACUAUAGUUGCUGCUGCUGCUUAUUGUGUGAAGAUGUAAGACCACAUGAGAGAAGACACUUGCACAUCAGAAGUUCACAAGGUGAAUCUCGAAUGCCUCUUUUUAAAUUGGCCAGAGUCUAAUUCCAGUGCCUUCUGACAGGCGACUGAGUAGUUUGUGAACCUUUCUGCGUGGUUUUAGUACACACCGUUAAAAAGGUGAUGAACUCUGCCCACAAAUAAAAACAAUUGAAUCUGUGUGGCACUGAGAGGAGAGGUAAAGUCUGCCCAUUCCUGAACUGUUUUUUAAGAGAAAAUCACUUUGGAGGUUGUACACAGGCCACAAGUCAGUAAAAUACUUUGUGAAUGACAUUUUAAGACAAUGAAUAAAAUAAUGAAGCAAAAGGGUUUAGUUUUUGAGUUCUUUUAUUAGUUGUCAUUAUUGUAUCUUAUGUAACUUCUGGGAUGUUUAAUGUGUGUUACAAACAUUGUUAAACUGUCAGUGAUUCAAGUAUUCAAAAAAGUCAUUAUACAUGGACAAAAAACAUGAAAGGCACAUUAUUCUAUAUUCUCUAUGUUUUUCUUAGUAUUAACAUAGGUUUGUGUCCAGAUUCUCAAACUAGCAGAUAUGUUUAAGUUCUGUGCAGAGAAUAAAAAUGAUGUGAGACUCACUUAAUAAAUAGCGCAGUAUCAAAGAUUCCAUUUGAA